CUCAUUCUUUAUGUUUUCCCAAUACAUAAAUCAAUCCAAAGUCUUCAAAAAAAAUCUCCAUAAACUCAAUACCUAUAUUAAGAAAUCCAACUCUCACCAGCAAAUGACAAAAUAGUUUGGUGCCUAUCCAUGAGACUAUAAAGGGGCUCCCAAAUUCAACGUUUCAUACUUCAUGCUGUCAAAAAUAUAUACUCCCUCUCUUUUAAUAUAUACUGUGUGGAAUCAAACAAGUAGUUAAGUAAUUGCAAGUUUCAAUGAAAAAACAUUACACUUGAAGCUGCACAAAAGAUUCUACUACAUGUAUACCAAUCAGUUUUGCAAUUUGUUCAACUUUUAUUGAUCAUGUUUCAAAAUCAAUCCUUUUCUUUCUUCUUCUAUUUUUUCGCGUCUCUGUUUUUCUCCUUCGUCAGAUCCAGUCCAAAUGAUGAUACUACUUCAAAAGCAUAUUGUCCUAAAUCUACUUGCAAUGGAGUUGAGAUUUCAUAUCCUUUCUGGAGACUCGACAAUUACAACUCCGGCGUUCCUCAGUACUGUGGUUAUGCCCGAUUUGGCAUCAACUGCUCCAAAGAUCAACCACAUCCUAUUAUUUACCUUCCUGGCGAUGCUUUCUACGUCAAAAAGAUAGAUUACCAAACCGGUUCUCUCACUCUAGUGGACAUUGAUGUUUUAGACGUGCAAUGUCCUAGAGCACGUCACAACCUUACAUUGGAGAAAUUGCCGUUGGAUUAUUCAGAUUCCGAUUUGAAACUCAAUUUUUAUUUCAAUUGUACGAAGCCACUACCGCAUGCGCUUCCCGCAGAAUGCUUGAAAUCAGGUAGAAACAUGACUUAUUUCUAUAUUGGGGUAACUGAGCCAGAAGAUUUGAAGUGGUUUGGGAUUUGUGAGGAGAAAGUGGUGGCGACGGUGACAGAGAGGAGACGCUUCGAGAAGGAUGAUUGGAUCAGAGGAUUUGGUGGGGUCAUGGGAGGGGGUUUCGUGCUGGACUGGGGGAGCGCGUUGGAGUGCGGCCGGUGUGAGGAAUCAGGCGGGCGUUGUGGUUCUAACAAUUCAACUCAGGAACUUUUGUGCUUUUGCCAAGAUGGUACCGUUAAAUUUGAUCAUUGCAAAGGUAAUAAAAAAGAUAUCAGAGUGAAAAUUGGCAUAGGUAUAUUUGCUGCUGGGAUAGGAAUAAUAUUAACCUGCUGCAUAAUCUACUGCAGUGUAUCUAAGAAAUCAUGCGGUACAUGCCUUUUGUUACCAAAGAAGAGUAGAGAACAUCAGAAUAUUGAGGCCUUCCUCAGGCAAUAUGGAUCCCUAGCCCCUAAGGCAUACAGUUAUUCAGACAUUAGGAAAAUGACAAAUUCACUUCAAGAGAAGCUUGGACAAGGGGGUUAUGGUGGGGUCUAUAAAGGUAACCUUGAUGGCCAUCCUGUUGCUGUAAAGAUUUUAAAUUCGACCAAAGGCAAUGGAGAAGAAUUUAUAAACGAAGUUGCAAGCAUCAGUAGAACUUCACAUGUCAACGUAGUUACUCUAUUGGGAUUUUCUUUUAAUGGUCGAGAAAGAGCUCUUGUUUACGAAUUCAUGCCCAAUGGAUCGCUCGAUCAACACAUUUAUGGUGAAGAUUCUAAGUUGGGAUGGGAAAAGUUGUACAAAAUUGCGCUUGGGAUAGGACGAGGACUGGAGUAUUUGCAUCGAGGAUGCAAUGCACGAAUAUUGCAUUUCGACAUAAAACCUCACAACAUCCUUCUUGAUGAGGAAUUCUGCCCCAAGAUAUCUGAUUUUGGCUUAGCAAAACUAUGCCCUGAGAAAGAAAGCACGAUAUCGAUGUUGGAAGCUAGAGGAACCAUUGGUUACAUUGCUCCAGAAGUAUUCAGUAGAAAUUUUGGAGGCGUCUCUCAUAAAUCAGAUGUUUACAGCUACGGAAUGAUGGUUCUUGAAAUGGUAGGAGGAAGAAGGAACUACACUGCAGAAAGAAGCCAUCAUAGUGAAAUAUACUUCCCACGUUGGGCUUAUCAACGCCUAGUAACAGUUGAAGAUUUGAAUAUACAAUGCAUCACGACCAUUGAAGAAGAAGAAAUUGCAAAGAAGAUGAUAUUAGUAGGUUUGUGGUGCAUUCAAACUGAUCCCUCUCAUAGACCACCAAUGAAUAAAGCAAUUAAAAUGCUGGAAGGUAAGUUAGAGGCCAUUCAAUUCCCACCAAAACCUUUCAUAUGUUCUCCCUCACGAUCUGAAGGAUCGUCCAUGAUCUCUUUGGGGCAGCCAAUUAAGCCCUUUAUGUGUUAUUCUUCUUUGAGUUCAACACUUGAUUCUACAGUCUCAGCUAGUGAAGAAUGACAUUUGAAGAAGAAAUGUUUGGACAUGACUUACAAACACUCAUUGGAGAAUGAAACAGAUACAAACGUAGAUCUAAUGAAACUUGUUCACCAUCUUC